CUCUUCCACCAUCUCCAGGCUCAACCCUUUGGUACCAGGAGAGAAUCCACAGCAUCUCUCUGUUUCUCUCCCUUUGCCACCUUUCCCAGCUUUUCUUUGCUUCGCUAUCACUACAAGCAGGGACUUGCACUUUUUCACCAACAUCAUCUCUUGCAGCAUUUCCAAGCCACUGGCAAUGUUUUCUUUAUAUAUACAUAAAUAAAAGAGAUAAAGAAGGAGUUGGGACAGAAGGAUACGAGGUAUAUUUUAAAUCUGAUCUUCAAGGACUGGAAGAAAACUAAACAUUUAUUUCCCUCUACCCCAGUAAAUAAAUACAUACAUAAAAAGAAGAAGGGGACGCAUCAUUAUUCCUGAUUUACAGUACUGUGUGCCUGGGAAUAGAAGAGACAUCAGCUGAACAAAGCCUAUCUCUACCAAACAAUCUCACUUCUGAGCCAGAUCAUAUCAGAGACCUGCAUAUCAUUCUCUCUUUACAGGGGUAAGCCAAGGAGUACAACAUACAUUAAAUCUUAUCCCGACCAUCAUCUUUAUCGAUUGUGCUGCUAUUAGGAAGGAGAGGGGGGAAAUAUCUUGAUUGUGUUUAUCUCUGCAUCUCUUUUGUUAUUUAUCGAGACCCGGGAGGAGGAAGAGAAGGGGAAAACGGCACUUUUCAACACAUUCUUCCCUCCCACCCCCCGCGAAACACACCGGCUACUGAUAUAUUAUAGAUCUCUGGGAGAAAAAAAGACUCUGCUGGGGAAAUGUAUUUCUAAUACGUCUUAAAUUACCUACGUUGUUAUUUAUACUCUCCAAAAAUUAGAUAACAUCUUCCAUUUCUGGACUUGCGAGGCCAUCACAAGGAAUGAGAUCUGCCUUUUCCAAUUCAGAUAGAACAACUCGCUGCUUUUAAUUUAUUUUUAUUUUUGAUUUUGAUUUUUCUUUUAAAUGUUCCUCUCCUGGAGUUUUGAACUGUAAAAGCACCAGGGUGGGGGAAAGGGGGCUUUAAGAAAGACUGUUGCAAAGACUCAGGCAAGGGUCAUUUCCCCACCCCACCAAAAUGAUGCUCAGCCCGGACCAAGCGGCGGAUUCCGAUCACCCCUCCUCGGCUCCCUCGGACCCGGAGUCCCUGGCGGGGACCGACGCCAAGGGGCUGCUAGGCUGCUGCGUCUCGGACCCGGAGCCAGUGGAGGAGGGCGGCGGCGAGGGCAAGGGGGGCGGCCGGGCGGCCCUGCACCCCCAGCAGCUGAGCCGCGAGGAAAAGCGGCGCCGGAGGAGGGCCACGGCCAAGUACCGCUCGGCCCACGCCACUCGCGAGCGGAUCCGGGUGGAAGCCUUCAACCUGGCCUUUGCGGAACUGCGCAAACUGCUGCCCACCCUGCCCCCGGACAAAAAACUCUCCAAGAUCGAGAUCCUGCGCCUGGCCAUCUGCUACAUCUCCUAUCUCAACCACGUGCUGGACGUGUAGGGGCUGGGCCGCGGGAGAGAGGGACCGCGGAAGCACUGAUGGAGGAGAAGGAGGCGACGCGCACUGCCGGGAGGUGAUACUGAGAAGGGGAGACACUUGCAACAUAUUCCACCUGGGGAAGGGAGUGGGCAUCCUGGGGGCCCUCUGAGCGCUUCCUGGCACACCCUGGGGUGUAUCUGAAUCUUUCGGGUUUAGCUUUGGGGGGUUCCCCCAGAGUCUUUCGGGUCAGACAUUGCAGAUGCAUCUGCGUUUUCCAAGACAGCUGUAGGGCGUGAUAACCAGCCAAGAUCAUUCAUAUCAAUAGGCCAACUCGCUGUCUCCUGCAGGGCUAGCUCCUUUGGAAACCACUCCAGACUUCGCAGGUAACAUUUCAUUGUCCUCCCUUUCUUAUUGAAGGAGAGCUCAGAGCUCUGAUGGCUCUAGGGGACAAAAGCUCCGAAAUUAGAGACUUUUUUAUUUCUCCUCCAUGAAAAUCGGACAGUGCCCUACACAAAAUGCAAGAGACGAGUUUGUUUUUCACACGAGAUCUUUUACAAUUAGCCUCCGAUUCAGCAAAGCACUUAAGCACUUGCCAGGUCAAGGGGACUUUAAAACGGGCCUAAGUUCUGCAAGCUUAAGUGCUUUGCUGAAUGAGGACAUUAACGACUCAGAAGGUAAAAGGAAGCUAUAAAAGAACAUAAAAAGGGAAAGGGCAGAUGCAUUUCCAAAGUCUUCUGGGGGUAUAUAAAAAUAUACUGAAUAUUUUGCAAGGUUUUCUUUUUUAAAAUCAUUUCCCACCUAUACCGCAAUGUGGAAGAGCAGUCUGGUGACUCAAAUAUAGAAAGUCCAGUUUUAGAAGGAAAAUGUAAAAUCAGAUUGUUUUUCAGGCUGUCAAGUGCCCCUUUAUAUAUCCAAAAACAUCUACUUGUGACCUUAAACAUGUGACCCAUGGGUGCAGUUAAAAAUAACUAUUUUUUAUUUAAGUUAGAAGGAGUAGACAAUUUAUUUUUUUCAAGACCUAUUUAUUUUUCUGAGUGGUGGCAAUUUUACUUUGGAUACUUUGUGCCAAUUGGUUUAUAUAGUCGAGUGUUUACACUUUCUCCUGUGGAAUAUUAUGUCUAACUUUUCAAGUGUUUGUUGGGAUCAAUACAGUGGUUAUUUGUUUUUUGCUCCAAUUAUAUUGCACUUGUAUAUGACAACCUUCCCUUCCGCCCUGUUUCUAAGUAUAUUUUAUAUAUUAAGACAUUUGUUCUUGAAGGAUUUUUCUUUUUUGUGUGGGAUCAACACUAGCACUUCACUAGAGGUUUUUUUUUUAAAUACUUGUUGUUAUUCUGAAUUAUAGUUAUGUCUGAAAAGUACUUUACAAACAGUUUAUAAGGGAAGUAGUUUUUUGUCUGUGUGUGCGUGCGUGUGUGUGUGUGUGUGUAUGUGUGCGUGCGUAUGUAUGUGUGUGGUAUUUUUUUAGGAAAUGACUUUUUUCCUAAAAAAAAAAAAUAAAAAAAAUAAAAAUAAAAAUAAAAAAAAAUCCAGGACUACUUUCCUUUGUAACAACCAAAAAAAUUCUAUAACCUGAAAAUGUUUCAUGUUCUCUGCUGUGAAUCUCUCAAAACAAGGAGCGCGUUUUAGAGACAAGAAAAAAGAAAAAAGAAGUCUGCGAUCCAAAGAUUUUAAUCUUUUUCAGGGUUUUUUUGUGUGUCUUUGUUGCUUUAUAUAAUGCAAUAUUUUGUAGUGAAAAUAGAUAAAUCUGGUUUCUAUCUGACGCGUUUUUCAUAUCUCUCAUGAAUGGUGCGCUGUUUUGCAUAUAAAUAAAAGUAUCAAAUAAAGCUGGU